AAUGUCUAACCCUCUCCGUAUCUACGUCCCCGUUAAGCGCGUCAUUGACUAUGCUGUCAAGGUCCGCGUCAAUCCCGCCAAGACCGAUGUCGACCGUAGCGUAAAGCACAGCAUGAACCCAUUUGACGAAAUUGCCAUUGAGGAGGCCGUUCGCAUGAAGGAGAAGGACAAGAAGAUUGAGGUUGUCGCAAUCUCUUGCGGUACCACCAAGAGCCAGGAAACUCUCCGCACUGCUCUUGCUAUGGGCGCUGACCGUGCUGUUCACGUCGAGGUUAAGGACGACAGCACCCUCCAGCCUUUGGCCGUUGCUAAGCUUCUCCAGGCCUAUACUGCCACCCAGGAGAACAAGCCUGAUCUUUUCAUCCUUGGUAAGCAGGCCAUUGAUGACGAUGCAAGCCAGACUGGUCAGAUGUUGGCUGGUCUGUUGAACUGGCCCCAGACCACCUUUGCUUCCAAGGUUGAGUUGGAAGGCCAGACUCUUAAGGUCACACGUGAAAUCGAUGGUGGUUUGGAAACUGUCCAGGCCAAGUUGCCAGCUGUUAUCACCACUGACUUGCGUCUUAACGAGCCCCGUUAUGCUUCUUUGCCCAACAUCAUGAAGGCCAAGAAGAAGCCUUUGGUCAAGUUGACCCCUGAAGAUCUCGGUAUUGAUAUCUCUCCCCGCAUUUUGACCCUCAAGGUUGAGGAACCUGCCAAGCGUGUUGGUGGUCGCAAGGUUGACAGCGUCGAUGAUUUGAUUGAUAAGCUCAAGAACGAAGCCAAGGUCCUCUAAAAUAAUAUAUAAAUAUAUAAAUAUAUAUACAUAUAUUUAUAAUGACAAAGCAAAGAAGAAGAAGAAGAAGAAAAAGAAGAUAUCAAUACAAUGCUGUUUUGUAAGCAGCAAUAGGAUCAUUAUUAAUGUAUGGAAUGGCAGAACUAUUCUUACAUGAAAACCAACUUUUUAUAUCUAAAAAAUGUUAAAGCUUAGAGUCUUUUCUCUUUUUAUUUUAUUUUAUUUUAUUUUUAUUAUUUUAUUUUUAUUUAUUUUUUAAAGAAAAUGGAUAUAUAAUAAAAACAAAGCCACUCCUCCCUCUC